AUGGGUUUCGGGCGGCGAGAGGCCGCGAGGGAGGUGGAGAAGGUGGAGGUGGGCGCGGGGAAGUUGAAGCGCCGCCUCCUCGCCGACGACGAGAGGACGGCCCCGGCGCCGCGGCCCGCGGCGUCGUCCAGUCGUCGCGUCGCCCUGACCCGGGCGAUCGGCGGUGCCGCGUUCGUCUACCUCGCGCACCGCGCGUGGCCGAGGGUGAGGCAGGACGGCGGGAGGGUCCUUCGCGCGCUCAAGCGCGGUCUCGGCGGGCUCAACCCGCUCAAGGGACGCCGUGGGCGCGGCGGGAGGCGCGGCCGACGCCGCGGCGCCUCCGGCGACGCCGCCCACGACGCCGGGCGCGAGGGCGGGAACUCGUCCCGCGACGAGGCGGUGGAGAAAAUAUCUCGAAGCGCCGCCCGCCGCGACGGGCGCGAACGGGACGACGCGUCUCCGCCCUCCGCGCGCGAGCUCCCCGUCGCCGUAUCGGACAGCUCCAAGUCCAUCGCGGCGCUCCGGGCGCUCGAGGAGGACGCGCGACGACCGCUGUUCGACGAUCCCUUCGCCGCGGCGCUCGCGGGCCCCGACGCCAUCGCGCGGGUCCGAUCGCGCGACGGCGACAAGGGCCGCAUAGCCAUCCGCACGCGCUUCUUCGACGACGCCGUGCUGGACGCCAUCGAGAGCGGUACGCGACGUCAACGCGAGUGGCAGGUGGUGCUCCUGGGCGCCGGGCUGGACACCCGCGCGUGGCGACUCGCGCCCAGGGCUGGCGACAAAGUCGCAGCCGUGUUCGAGGUGGACGUACCGGAGGUUCUCGGACACAAGGCGAAAGUGAUGGCGGAGACGUUCGGUGUGGACUUUCCCCUCUCCCUCGGCAAUACGUACGCGUCCGUGGCGGCGAACGUGGCGAAGCGGGGUUGGUUCGAGAGGCUUCGCGACGCCGGGCACGAUCCCGCGCGACCGACGGUUUGGGUCCUGGAGGGUUUGCUCUACUACCUGUCCCAAGAGGCGGCGGACGAGCUUCUCCGGACGUGCGCGGGGGCGUCCGCGCCGGGGUCGAGGCUGGUGGCGUCCGCGGUGAACGGGCCUUCGCUCGCGCGGGCGCGGGCGCGGGGUAACAGAGGGGGCGCCAAGGCGACGUGGGCCAGCGCGAUUGACGAACCCGUCGAGCCCUUUUUGCGCCGGCUGGGUUGGGCGGCGGCGACGGUGAGGCAGCCGGGCGAGUCGGGGUGCGAGUACGGGCGGUGGCGGGGCGAGCCGCCGCCGCCGAGGGACCCGGUAGAGCGCCCGGACGACGCGCCGCCGAGGACGUGGUACGUGGUGGCUGAGGUUUCGCGCGAGGCGGCCGCGACGAAGACUUCGGCGAUUACUCGAUCGGAUGACCGCUCGUUUGGUCGGUCGCGUCCGCCCCACCGCGUCCGCGGCGAUCACUCGAGCGGCGAGGACGGCGGCGGUGGUUCGUAUGCGCGGCGGUUCGACUUUCGCCGCGACGACUCGAAGGAGCGGGGAGGGCGGGACGAUUCACGCGGGGGAAGGUGGACAACGCGCGAGGGGUCGGAGCGGCCGGCGGGGAGGCGAAGUCGCAACGACGACGACGACGAGGACGACGACGACGAGGAGGACGGGGGAAGAUCGCGCGAACGAGCGCCCGAGCCCGCGGAGACGUCCUCGUCGUUCGGGUCGGACGAGCGCGACGGGUCUGACGAGCACGACGGGCCCGAGGACGCCGAGGUUGACUCGCUUCGAAGGCGACGGCUCGAGCGCCGGUACUCCUCGGGGGCGGCGUCCGCGAGAUCUUCCGAGGGCAUCCGCGGAUCGACGCGCCAGGACAGCGCGUUCGGCUCGUACGGCGACAUCGGCGCCCAACACGUAUCGCGCGCUCACACCCACCGGCACCGCGACGAGGCGAUCGGCUCCCCGUCGCCGUCCCCGUCGAAGGUUGUCUCCGUGGCGGCGUCGGCGGCGGCGCGGCUUCGAGAGAUUGAAGCCGACCGCGAGCGAAGGCGCCGCGCCGAGGAGGAGUCCGAGCUUCGCCGGCGCGCCAGAGAGAUGGCCGAGAAAAAGCGGCACCGAAAGGAGGAGGAGGACGAGCGGAGGAAACGCGUCGAGGCGGCGGCGGCGGCGGCGGGUAGGGUUGGGCGACGGGUAAGCCCGGGGGCGCCGGGCUCGGGGUCGGAUCGCGCCUCGACUUUGGCGGCGGGGGCGACUUCUUCGUCCAACGGCGCCGUCGUUCGCUCGGACCGCCUCGACUUCCGCCGCCCCGAUCGCGCGUUCGACGCGCGCGCCGGGGAGAUCCUCCGCGACGACGACGACCUGCCGAACUUUGGCGCGCUCACGGACGCGGGGUUCGCGCGGUGGCGGGACGGUACGCGCGAAGAUUGGGCCGCCCUCUGUCGACCAACCGAGCACCUGUCGCCGAGCACCUGCGUCUUUGACGUCUUCGAGCGGAGCUCCGGGACGAUGAUCGGCGUCGCGGGGUUCCACGUCCUGGACGCGGACGCGAGCCGCGCGUACCUGGCGGUGUGCAUCGAGCGACCUUCUCGUCGGCGGGGCUACGCUCGCGAGUGCUGGGAAGCGAUGGCUGAUUUCGCGCGAUCGGAUCUCGCGUUUCACCUCGGCGUCGAGACGGUGUGCGCCAGGGUCCCGACCGCGAACGAACCCGCGCUGUUCUUCGUCAAGGACACGCGCGGGUUCGCGUCGCCGUUCUCGUCCCCGACGGGCAAGGCCGGGGGGGUUCACGCGCAGACGUUCAGGCGGCGGGCGCUGUCGAAAGCGGCGGGCGCCAGAAGGUGUCCGGGUCUGAAGCGGAGUUUGGACGAUCCAAACGCGCCCGUGUUUGGCGCAGACGCCGCGGACGCCGGGACGUGCCAGACGUUCUACCUGGACGUGCGGUACUGGGGAGGCGGCGCGGCGUGA